UGCAGCGGUAACAGCGCAGGAGUUUCAUGGAGGCUGUGCAGAGACAACUGACGAACAUCCUAGAGUUACUGGCCGUGUCUCAGACGGACCGCGUGCGUGAAUGGGACCAGCACAGCUUACAGCGGGCGUUUCAGUGGGCCGAGUACUGCGAGCAGCUCCACUCCCGCUUCCAGUCCAACCCCACGGUCCGGUCCGCACUGGAGGCCGGUCUGCAGGACACCAACCAGCGGCUGCAGGACGCGCUCCCGGCGCACUCUCCAGUCAUGUUCUCGGACCUGGCUCGGUGUCAACACAUGCUGCUCGUUCAUCUACUCGCAAACCCUUACUCCCCGAACUCCGUCGUUCAAAUGCUUCUCUCAAAUCCCAAAACUGCAGCACAGGAAUUCCAGUUUGAUCAAAGCAGCUUCAUUACAUGCAAAUCUGCGUUUAAUCUGCUCUGCCGCUCGUCUGACAGGACUAGUCAUCCUGGUUUACAGGUUGAGGCAGAAGUGAGAGGCAAACUCCUCCGGGAACUCCUGAACUCUCUGCUUACUCGUCCCGGCAAUGACGAGUAUGCGAGAACAGUGCUGGAUUCCAUCCUUCGGGACAGCGCGGGAAAAACGGAAAGCCUGUAUGACGUCAUAGCAGCUGCGCUCCUCUCCAGCGAUGACGACACGAACGCCGUCACUCAGCACUUUAUCCUCGCCUGGAUUCAAGAUCACGACGGGUGUUGCGGUAAACUGUGCGGAUCGCUGUCUCCCGGACUGUGUGCGGUCCUCUCCCGACAGUCUCCGGAGUUUAAACAGGCGUAUUGGGGUGUUUUGAAACGGUGGGCGUCCUGCUUGCAGUAUGACGUCUUGGAGAGUGUUUGGGUGCCGACGUCAGGUGGGCCAGUGACGUUUAAUGUACUGGCUGAUCGAUUAAAAGAUUUAUUAAAUUCAGGAGCAGGAUUAAAAGAGGACACUGAGACUGAGCUUAACGCGCUCAAACUGGAAGAUGGAGACUUUAAUGUGAAGGGCAUCAGUGUAUGGACUGAUUUAAUCAUUCAACUGAAGAUUGGAAGAUAAUUCAAUAAUAUUAUUAGCUGGGCUAUUUAACAUUUGAUGUUAGUUAAACUAAUGGUAAUGUGUUUUAUUUUAGUUUAUAACUGUGUGUAUUUUCCCCAUACACAUUAUAAUUAUUUAUAGCCUAUAUUUGGCAAAGUUUUGUAUUUUUUCUUUAUUAAGAGCCAGCAAAUAGUAUUAAAUUAUAUCCAAUUUUUAUUAUCUAUUUUUCUAAUAACCAUAUAAAAUGCAGAGCCAGAAAUGUCGAAAUGGAGCCAUUUUAGUCAUUUCUGAUGUUUUGUCAUUUUGUAAUAGUUUUCGGUGUUAUUAUAUUAUUUUAUAAGAGCCAUCAUAAUAGUGAUUUUGUUUCUCCAUUGCCUAUAUGUUUUGGGUUUUUUUUUUCUUCGUUAUUAAAAAAUCAAAACGUAAUUUUAUCCCUCACUGAGAAACUUCCAGAGAAAGCUCUUUCCUUUGUGCGGUCAUGAUGUUUCCAGCUCCCGGCCGACAGGGGGCGACAGCGCUCUUUACACCAUCACACAAGUGCUUUAUUUCAGAGCUGAGAUCUUAUAGCUGAAUAAAUAAUAAAGCUCUUAAAUUAUAUGUUUAACAUUGUUUCUACCAUAUUUGACAUUUAUGCAUUGCUUACAGUCC